CCUCGUCCGCAGCCAUAAUUGAAAAACAGAUACAAAACAUAAGAAUCAGCUGAUUUAAAGAAACAUCAAGUAAUAGUUGAUUCCUUAUCAAAGAUAAUAUUAAAUAUUGAUUUAUCUGCCAAACGUUGUAUAACGUACUUGGAGUGUGGGUUGUGUAAAACGAAGGAAACUGAAUACGGCUAUGACAAUUCACAAUUUGUACAUCUUCUCGAAAACCGGUACGUUAUUGUAUUAUGCAGAAUGGAACAGACUAAACAAAUCAGGAAUAACAAAGGAAGAGGAAGCGAAAUUAAUGUAUGGAAUGUUAUUUUCGAUAAAAUCAUUUGUAAGUAAAAUCUCGCCAUUGGAUCCCAAGGAAGGAUUUUUGUAUUACAAGACAAGUAAAUACACACUUCAUUAUUUUGAAACACCAUCGGGACUUAAGUUUGUCCUAAAUACUGACAAUGCAAGUCAGAAUGCUAGAGAAUUGUUGCAACAAUUGUACAGAGAAGUAUACCUGGAAUAUGUAGUAAAGAAUCCGCUCUGCCAAUUAAAUGAGCCUAUACAAAGUGAAUUAUUUAAGAUAAAAGUGGAUGAACUAUUUAAAAAGUCACCUCUAUUUCUAAGUCGAUCGUUAUAAAUUUAAAAAAUAUAACAUUUUUUUAUAUAAGUGAGUUAAUUUUUUUUAUGCUUCA